AUGUGCCAGGAAUAGGUUACAAAAUAAAUAAUUACUGAAUAAUAACAUUUAAAUGUUUAAGAGAAUGAAGAAUUUAGCUCUAUAUUCUUUUAGUCUGACUGAUAAAUUCUUCUAUGGCAUCAGCUGGGAGAGCGCCUCCUGCGGCGUGGAAGUGCUUCGAACGUUACGACAGGAGGCUUUGACCAACACAGGUUUUCACGACCGGCGAGACGCGCAUGCACGGGUUAGUGCACCAAACGUUGUUGUGCAUAAAGCCAACCUAACGUACGCCUAAUUCAAACGCUCGAUCAAGAAUGUUGCGAGGUGGUUCUGGGCCCAGCCGGAUCAGUGUUUCGGCCACCGAACUUCGUUUCAACGGCGAGGCUAGAGGAUGCCGCGAGUUGGCGACCUUAGGCCAGGUUCGGCGUCCAUUCAGUCAAGGCCCUCCUGGCUGUCACGCCGCUUUCUCAGAUUCCGCUGUACAAAGGCUUUAUGAUGAGGCUAGUGGCUAUCCUGAGGCCUGGGAGGUUGAACAGGGCAUGGACCUACCAGUGUCUGUCUCCCCGUCGCAACUUGACUUCUACGUGGAUGAGAAGGGUGGAGACACACAGGUGCUCUCGUUGUUCAAUGUCAGUGAAAAGACGGUGUACUUUCAGUUGAUGUCGAAUGAACCGGCACGGUAUGGUGUCACGGGGCGAUCGGGCAUCAUUACAGCACACUGCUACAGCGACAUAGAGGUGCACUACUUUGAUCUCUCCGAGGAACAUGCGGGCACCAGGGACAACCUGCGCAUUGUCUUGCGUGAGCAAGGAGACCGCAUCCUGGGAUUCGCGGAUGUGCUUGUCAACGUGUGGCCUAGGCGCGGCAGGUCUGAUGAUGAGAACGAAGAGGGGGCUCCAGGAGCUGUCCUGCAGAGAGGUUCUACCCACACCCAGCAGCUGCCAAAGCAAGAUCGGAACAACGGCUGGAUCUUAUCUGGUCACGUGCCACUUGUGAUGUUUGUGGUGUUGGCCUGUGUUGUAGCUCUCCUGCUGCCACUCGAGGGUUCACAUGACGCCAGCAGCCACCCUCUGUUUGCAUACUUCUCUCUAAGCCACGAGAUCAAGCUGGUCACUGCAUACAUUCUUGGGUGCAUUACCCUGCUGAUCAUCAAUUAGGUCUCCUGUGCCCAACUGUGGAUCAAGUCUUUGGUCAAGAAAGGUUCAACGUGAAGUUGUGUGACCUGGUCAUCUUGAAGAUGCUUUAUUUUCUUGAAAUAAAAUGUGCCUUUUUUAUACAAAAA